UGCGUAAAUGAAAGGGAAAAGCCAGUUGUGCGUCAUGUUUACGUUGGCGGGCAAAUCCAAUGUCCAUCGCAAGCGAGAUAAAAGCACAGCGAUCAGACUCUGAUGUUUACUUUGCGGAUACACGACGACUUAGACGGGAGCUUCUUAGCCUGAGAAUCAACAUGAUGAGGAUAUUUGCCUUCGCAGUGGUCGUCAACGUCGUCCUCCAAACGGUGCCAGGCUGCUUCUCGUCCUGCUCCAUAAAAGGCUCGGUAGCCAAUUGCGCCAUGAAGAAGCUGCGCUGGAUCCCCUCUCUCCCUCCCAACAUCACCCACUUGUACUUGGAGAUGAACCACAUCGGCGAGAUUAACGCCACCUCCUUAUCCGGCCUGGAGAUGCUGCAAGAGCUGGACUUGGGUCUUCAGUAUUCCGCGCUAGUUAUCCGAGACCAUGCGUUCAGCAGGCAAAGACGCCUCAGGAAGUUGGUGCUGGGUUUCAAUACGAGGCUUCGACUCAAGCCGAGGGCCUUUUGGGGACUGUCCGCUUUGCAGAGUCUCCACCUGGAUUACUGUUCCUUGAAUGAUUCCAUCCUGAAGGAAAACUAUCUGCAGCCGCUUUCGGCGUUGGAGACGCUCGACUUAUUCGGCAACCGGAUCAAGAGACUCCAGCCUUCGACGUGCUUUUCCAAUAUGACUCAUCUGAGACGUUUGAAUCUGAAACUGAAUCGCGUCAAGAAAAUAUGCGAGGCCGAUCUGGCCGCCUUCCGGGGAAAGCGAUUUGAAUCCGUGAAUUUAGACUCCAACGACCUUCAGGCGAUGUUUGACGAAAGCUUUGAUCCGCAUGCUUGCGGGAACCCUUUCAAAGGAAUAUCUUUUGGGACACUUGACUUAUCCCAUAACGGCCUCAGUAUCGGCAACUUCAAGCUAUUUUUCAAAGCUAUCGAGGGUACUCGCAUCGCUCACCUCAAGCUGUCGGGACACAUCGGUCGAGGCUUUUCAUUCGGCAAUCUCCUGGAUGUGGACGGAAGCACUUUUGAGGGCCUCGGCAGCAGCUCCGUCAGCAUGUUGGAUCUGUCGGAAAACAGGAUAUUUGCGUUACAAGAUGGCGUAUUCAAGCCGUUGUCAGAAAUUCAAGCGAUCGACCUCUCUAAAAACCGACUCAAUCAAAUACACAAAAAUGCUUUUGAAGGUGUGGAACGUUUAAAAAAGCUCGACCUGUCGAAUAAUUUGCUCGGAGACAUCCGCGCUCAUAGCUUUGCUCAUCUGAAGAACUUAAAAGUGCUGGACCUCUCUUGCAAUCACAUCGGUGUUUUGGGCUAUCAAGCGUUCCGUGGACUUUUCCAUCUGGAAGUAUUAAAUCUCACCGGAAACUCUCUCAAGGAGUUUGGCUCCCCCAGCGCACUACCGAGUUUAAGUUCUCUCCGUUUGAACGACAACAAAUUGACCUUUGCGGCAGUGGACGCCAUCACGGCGGUUGCCCCCAACGUCACAUAUUUGGACAUUCGGAACAACAGGGUAGAAAACAUGCAGGGUGCGUAUAUUUUUUUGACCAAGCUGAAAAAACUCCAGUAUCUUUUCUUCGGAGGGAACCCCAUCAAGUGGUGCGAGGUCAAUGCGCAAAAUUCCGAAAAGAAGCAAAGCGGCGUGAAGGUGUUCGAUCUCCAUAGCAGUAACUUGCAGUCACUUUGGUCUCGAGGCAAAUGUUUCGAUCUGUUCGAGGGUCUUCCCCAUUUGCUCAGUUUGACCUUGAGCUCCAACAACUUGCGCUCUCUUCCCAAAGGCAUCUUCAAAAGUCUCCCCUCACUCCUUGAGUUGGACCUCUCAUCCAACGCUUUGACUUAUCUCUGGCCAGAUGAGUUUCCCAAAAACCUUAAAUUCCUCAACCUGGCCAACAACUUCAUAGCAUCCCCCGACCCGGCCAUCUUCCGCUCGCUCAGCGCCCUCAACUUGAAUCUGAACCGGUUCCACUGCGAUUCAAACCUGACUAACUUCUUGAUGUGGAUGAAGAAAACAAACGUAACCUUUGUGGGCCCCGUCGAGGACUUCAGGUGUGAAUUUCCUCUUGCUUUCUACCAAGCUUCUGUGUGGGAUUACUUGACUCAGCUUCUAGGCACAGGAAGCACUUUAAAUGAUUUAUAACCGAGCAUACAUUGACGAUAAUUGAUGAAAAAUA